AUGUUUCUUCUCAUUGGUAGCGUUUUGAAAGCACAGUUGGUACAUGAUAUAUUAAAAUGCUUUGGACUUUUAGCAGAUGAAUUUUUUGAUGUGUCUAACAAAGAGCAGCUUGUCACAUUUGUUAAAUUCGUCCAUCCUGAAACUGGCAAAGCAAAUACUGCUUUCCCAGCAGCAAGCAAUCUGUUGGGGAAUUCAAGCUCAGCUGAUGCUGAAGCAAUAACAAAUGCUAUUGUUGCACAACAGAGGAUGCUGGGAUCGAUAAAAAGAAGCUUUCAAGUUUUUCCUGAGAUGGAGCUUCAGUUAUGACAGGGGAAAGAAAUGAUGUUGGCGCAAGAUUGCGAGCUGAAAACAAGGCUUUAAUAAAUAUACACUAACAGUUUAACAACAAAAUAUGUAGAUGCCUUAAAAGAGAACAUUUAG